AGACCGUAGCUUUUGAGGUCUCAGGUCGUCCCUUCCCGCCUCCCGUUUGAUCUGAUUAUGGCAGCUGUCGCGGUGGAGAAGCUGGAGACGCCCAAGAGCGUGGCAGUCAUCUCCUUUGGCAAAGAGCCUGUGAACAGCAUGGACUUAGACUUUUGGAAGCAGCUCAAGGCCGCCUUCGAGGGCCUUGAAGCGGAUCCAGCGGUGCGGGGCGUGGUCUUCCAGUCGACGCUGAAGAAGAACAUUUUCACUGCGGGGCUGGACAUCAAGGAGCUUCACGCGCGGUCCACCACGGAGGCGCGGCUGAAAGAGAUGUGGCUGACCCUGACACAGACGCUGUCGGGGAUCUACGGCAGCCGCCUCGCCACAGUGGCGGCCAUCAACGGCGCCUGCCCGGCCGGCGGCUGCGUGCUGGCCAUGUGCUGCGACUACCGCAUCAUCACCUGGGAAGGCUCAAUGGGGCUGAACGAGGUGGCGUUGGGCAUCCCUGUGCCCCGCAUGUGGUGCGGGCUGAUGGCACUGCUUUGUGGAGCACAUCCGGCGCAGGACAUGCUGCUGUCCGCGUCCAUGCCGGGCAGCACGGACUUGCGGCAGCUGGGCCUGGUGGACGAGAUCGUGGAGAAGCCCGGGGACUUGAUGCCCAGCGCUUUGACCCAGCUGAAGAAGUGGCUCAAGUUCCCCAGCCAGGGCUUCGUAAAGACCAAGGCCAACAUGCGAGGCACCUUCUGCCAGCGCUGGCGGGAUCAAAUGGAGGCAGAGGCUGAGGAGGUCUGGAAGGCGGUCAGCGACCCUGCCAGCGUGGCAUCGCUGGACGAGGUCCUGAAGCGGCUCGCGGGGGCGGCGAAGCCCAAGGCCAAGCUUUGAGGCGGCGAAGCGGCGAAGCGUCGCGGCGAAGCGGCGUCCGGCGGGGAGGCGAGUCGCCGGGUGGCGGUGGGGUUGGAUGCUCU